CUCCUCCAGGUGAGAAAAGGAAGCCUCAUAUCAGGUUAUUCUAGAUUGUCUAUACGCGAGAGCGGUUGCCAGGGAGCCACUCUUCACCGCUUUUGUUUUAUUUAUUUUAUUCUUUUCAUUUUUCUUUUCUACCUUACAGUACCAACAUACAUUCAGGAGCAAGCGGUUUUCCCUCUCUGACUACCAAGUGACCCCCAUCCCCCCAUCUCUGCUGCAGAGAUGAACUGGUCGGCACUGGAAGUUCUCAUCAGUGGAGUCAACAAGUACUCCACUGUGUUUGGCCGCGUAUGGCUCUCCAUGGUUUUUGUCUUCCGGGUGCUGGUGUUUGUGGUGGCGGCCCAGCGGGUGUGGGGCGACGAGAACAAGGACUUUGUGUGUAACACGGCGCAGCCGGGCUGCGUCAACGUCUGCUAUGACCACUUCUUCCCCAUCUCACACAUCCGCCUGUGGGCCCUGCAGCUCAUCUUCGUCACCUGCCCCUCCCUCAUGGUGGUGGCGCACGUCAAAUACAGAGAGGAUAAAGACAAGAAGUACGCCGCCGGUCACAAGGGCUCCCACCUGUACGCCAACCCGGGGAAGAAGCGAGGCGGCCUGUGGUGGACCUACCUGGUCAGCCUGGUCUUCAAAGCGGGCUUUGACGCUGCCUUCCUCUACCUCCUCUACUUCGUCUAUGAGGGUUAUGAUAUGCCCCGCCUCUCUAAGUGUGCCCUGGAACCCUGCCCCAACGUAGUGGACUGCUACAUCUCCCGCCCCACGGAGAAAAAGAUAUUCACCCUCUUCAUGGUGGUGUCCUCGGCCGUCUGCAUCUUCAUGUGCAUCUGCGAGAUGGUAUAUCUGGUGGGAAAGCGCUUCCUGAAGCUCAUUAAGGCAAAGAAGGAAACCGAAAGGUCAGAGUUUGUUGAGCAGCACAGCACUGCCCUGGCCACAGCUCCAAGCAAGUCAGAGUAUGUUAGGCUGGAUCCCACAGCCACUCCCUCCAACCAGAACAGCAGCAACAUUAAGGCUGAGGAGGCUUCCACCAGCAAGAUAAUGGCAUGAUAACAGAGCGGCAGGCAUUACACGUGCUUGCAUUUUGUUUCAGACACUACGCUGGGCUGGAGUGGAAAAAACUGUGCCCAAAAUGUGUGAUACUCCCAGACAGACAAUGAGAUAAACUGGGACUUGCUGGGAUAGUCUUGCCAUUAUUUCUGCAUUAUAUGGAUUUCCUGUUGCAUACGUUUCCACGAAACCAAAGUGGAGAGCUAUCCCUGUAUUUAUACUUUUUUGUGCAUUAAAUUAUAAAACUGGGAUGACUAGGGCUAUGGAAAGUACUUACUAACAAAGUGCCCAUAAGAAUACAAUAACACGAUUGUAUAAACCAGCUACUUUACACACAAUUUUCACAAUGUCAGCCAUCUCUCAGAAUUAUUGUGACAUGAUGUGAAGGUACAGUACAUGGGGUUUUCUCACUUCCAGUUUUCAUUUCUCUUUCCAGUUCUAACAAAUGGGUGAAAGGUGUAUGCUGUCCCCUAGUGUUUUAACAAAGUAGAACACCACAACCUAUAUGAAGAACGACAUUGCUAAGCGUUUUGUUAUUCCAAAUUCGCUAAAAUAGUAUGAAUGAGAAUGUAUUGAUUAAAAUGUUUUGCACUCAAAAGCGCUUAUGCACUGUUAAAUGAAUGAUGUUACUCUUUUUUUAACAAAUACAAAAAAUGUAUUUUUGCAGCAAUGGAGAAUAAUUAAAGCAAGGGCAACAUUUAUUCCCCUUUGUAACAACGCUUCCCCUGACCUGAACGGUUGAAUUACUUUUUUAAUUGUUAAAUAGUACAAAACAACAAUGGUACUUGCUGGAGGAAGCAGUGACAUUCUCAAUUAAAAACAUUGUAUAUGUCUUUAUUGUAUCUGAACGUAUGCGCUUGUAAAUGUUAUUAAAGGAGUCUGCACUAAAAUGUAAA